GUGCGAAGUGAAAUAAUAACAAAAAUAUUAUUUAGUCAUUUUAAUUUUACUAUUUUAAUUCAAAUUUGUUUUGUCGCUUUGAUUGCCUGUCGGACAUUUCACAUCUCUUUCUUCAAAAAAUGAGUGAUUGUGAAUCUGAAUCGUUACUGUCCAUUAACUCAGAUACGAAAACUCGAAAAAAAGGUAUCGUGUAUUUGUCGUCGAUACCAAAAUACAUGAACGUAACGAAAUUACGUGAGCUAUUGGGCCAAUAUGGUGAAAUAGGCAGAGUGUUUCUACAGCCGGCUGCUAAUCCGAACCUAAAAAAGAGACCAGCCAAACAUUUCACUGAGGGUUGGGUAGAAUUCGAGCGGAAAAAGGUCGCUAAACAGGCUGCAGAACUACUGAAUGGCAAGCGAAUCGAUUCCCGAAAGCGAAGUAAAUAUUUUGACAGUGUGUGGAAUUUGAAAUAUUUGCCUAGAUUCAAAUGGGUUCAUUUAAACGAACGUUUAGCUUAUGAAAAAGCUGUACGUAAACAUCGUCUACGAGCCGAAGUAUCACAAGUUAAAAGGGAAGCAAAUCACUUUUCCUCUAAUAUUGUUCGAAGUGAAAAGAAUAAGACUUAUCAACAAUCAAAUGUCGAUAUUAAUGUUCGGCAAAGGUUGCCAGAGGAAGAAUUCUUACAAAACAAAAAUAAUGUAUCAGAUAUUGAAUCAAGGACAGAAUUUUUAUCAAAGCUUUUUUAAUUUUUAAUAAUUUAAUAUACAUACAUACAUAAUCAAUACAUGUAA